AUGAAUACUGAGUCCGUCAUCCAGGAUGCGAAAGAUAACUUCAUAUUAGAAAAUUUUCAGGAGUGUUUGAAACUUCUCCAUGGAAUUCCGGCUGUUGGUCCAGAAUUUCGUGACCAAGUGGAUCUCCUGUCAUACCAAGCAUACAUUGCUCAAAAGAAGUACAAUGUUGUUAUAAACGAAAUACCUGAAUCUCAUGAUCUUCCCGAAUUCCAACUUGUCUUACUUUUAGCCAAGCAGCAGGCUGGCGCUCUCACUAAUGAUGCUAUCGUUGAAAAGCUUGAUACUAUUCUCUCUGGAGAUAUUUCUGCUCAAGAUCCAACAGCUCUCCUUGUUGGAGCUACAAUCUUUAUGAAUAUUGAUUUGCCUGGCAAGGCUCUCAAAGUUCUCCAUCAGUCUGAUGCAAUGUCUGUUCAUUGUCUUAUUAUGAUGAACCGUGUUGAUCUGGCUGAGAAACUCGUUAAAAAAAUGCUAAUUAAAAACGAGGAUGCUUUGUCCUGCCAGCUAGCCUCUGCUGAGUUAUGUCUGGCCCAGGGAGGUGAUAAGGUGACCGAAGCUCUAAAUAUCUAUCAGGAGUUACAGGAAAAGAACAAACCCUCUACACUCCUUCUCAACGGACAAGCUAUAGCUUUGAUUUCUCUUGGUCGCCUUGCUGACGCUGAGUCCUUACUUCGACAAGCUCUUGACAUUGAUCCUAAUCAUAGUGCUUCUCUCUUGAAUAUGAUUUCAAUUGCUAUACGCACCGGAAAGCCCUUUGAUUCCAUUAACCGUUACACGGCACAAGUUCGAGAUACUAAUGGGUCGCAUCCUUUCCUCAAGUCAUUAGAUAACAUGGUUAACACGUUUGAUGAGGCCGCGCGAUCUUUUACACCGGCUGCUCUUGGAUAA